AGGUGACAGCUGACUUCGCUUCCCCUACAUGAUGUUCUACACUCAACUCUUCACCUCCAAGCGAGGACCCCUUGCCAAAAUCUGGCUUGCAGCACACUGGGAAAGGAAACUCACAAAGGCCCAAGUAUUUGAGUGUAAUAUAGAAACAACUAUCGAAGACAUCAUCUCCCCAAAGAUGAAGAUCGGUCUGCGGACCUCUGGUCACCUGCUCCUUGGCGUGGUCAGGAUUUACUCCAAGAAAGCUAAAUAUCUCCUCGCAGACUCCACUGAUGCCCUGGUUAAAAUAAAAUUUGCAUUCAGGCCAGGUAACACAUCCUGUUUGUCUUGUCUGUCAACAGUUGUUACAUUUUAAAGACACAGUUAGGCUCCACAGGGUUUGGAAAGGUUGUGGCUUUCUGAAAUAUAAACAGGGGAAACACUUUUGAUAAUCCUUUUUAUUAGUUUGAACAUAAGAAAUAGACCAGAGGCUCACAAGAGGAUUCUAACCUUGAUAAAAAUAACAAAUAGAAACACGCAAACAUGAAAUUAUAACUCAUUAAAGUAUGUCUUCUUGCAAAAAUG